UACAUAUAGCCGUAUCAUUGUCCAAUAUGUAUAUUGUUGGUUUAAUGUUGAAAAGCGGAAUGGAUGUUUUCAUUGUCGAUUCAAAUCAUUGGACCGUAAUGCAUUUUGCAAUGUUAGCAUCACCACAGGUUUUGUCAACAUUGUUGGAAAUGUCAGCAUUCUAUCAACAGCUACGACAUCAAGAUCAGUAUGGUAUGACACCAAUGCAUGUAGCUUGUUUUUACCGAAAUUCUCGACACAUACGACAUGUCAUGAUACAGGGCGUUACAGCACGUCAAUUAACCAUCAAAGCUCCUAAGCCAUCAUCAUCCAAACAAAUCAAUUUAUUAGAUUGGUAUCAGGACUAUUCACCAUAUGUUCGUUUCGAUGCUAAUCAAAUUGAUCAAGAUUUUGAUUGGUCCAAAAUAAAUCUUUGUGGCAGUCCAUUGCAUUGGUGUCAAUGUUGGUCAACAAUGAAUCGUUUAAUUGAUUCUCGGACAUUCGAUGUAAAUGAACGUGAUCGAAAUGGUGAUACACCAUUAAUGGCAUUUGUAAAACGUUUGCCACCAAUACGAACGAAACCAAUUCUUGAUGGAAGUUCAGUGAUCACUUCACCUUCUAAUCAAUUUUCUACAUCAUCACUAUUAUCAUCAACAUCAUCAUCAUCAUGGCCAAUGAUUGUCAAUUUUCAUCUUAGUUGGAUGUUACGAUUAAUUACAGCUGGUGCAAGACUGAAUGCACGUAAUUACGCAGGUGACACUGCACUUCAUUUUUCGGUGGCCAAUGGUUAUAUUAUAACUAUCCAAUUAUUAUUGAUUUUUGGUGCAAGAAUCAAUAUACGUAAUAAACUGAAUCAAAGUCCAUUACAUUUAGCAGCAAUAAAAUUAAAACAAUUACAGGCAUUGGAACAAAAUGAUCGUCGUUUAGAUGAUAAAAAUCAAUCAUCAAGAAUGACAACAACACCAGAAACCCAUAAUCGACAACAACAACAAGCAGCAAAUCGAUCAUCAACUAAAAAUAAUCGUUAUAUUAAAUCAUCAACAACUGAUCGAUCUCAUUUUGCGAACAUAAUAAUAUUGGAUGGUGGAAUCAAUGAUCAAUUCAUGAAUCCAUUGAUACAGAUUAUUUUGCUUAAUGAAUUACAGCAAUAUUUACCACGAUCGUUGCCAGAAUAUUUUGAUAUUAUUGCUGGCACUAGUUUUGGUUUCACUACUGGAUGUUCAUUAGCUAAUGGCAAGAAAUUGUUUGAAAUAUUAAAUUUUUAUCUAAAAUUAAGAUCAAAUUUUCGUAAACCAUUAAUACGAAUGCAGGAACAAAAUACUGAUCGACUGGAACAAACACUGUUGACAAUGUUCAAUGAUCCAAAAACAUUGGCCGAUAUUCGGAGACAAAAUAAUAAACAUCUUAUAUUGACUACAACAGUUGUUGAUGAUAUACCAGUCAGAUUGAAAAUUGUUGAUGAUCAAAUUGAAAAUUUAACCAUGUGGAAAGCAUGUAGAAUAUCCGGUCUUGGUGCUGGCCUAUUCAAAACAAUCGAACAUGAAGGUGUUCCCUAUUUUGAUGGAUCAUUAAUUGCGCCGAAUCCAACGACAGAUAUAUUAAGUUUUUAUCAUAGUCAAAUAUUAGAACAACAAAAACAAAAAGAUCAGACGAUGUUUGAAAACACAACAAAUCGUAUGCUACCUUUUCAACUGGUACUAUCAUUGGGUGGCGGUAAAAUUGCUUAUCGUACAAAUGUCACGCCAAUCGAUUUAAAUUCAUUCCGUUUGUAUGCACCAAAUUUACGGGUAUAUUUCAAUUAUUUUCGACAGCUAAGAGAUUGGUUUGCAAGCAUUCUGAUGGAAACAGAUGGUCAUAUCGUACAACGAUCUCGUUAUUUUGCCACAUCGCAGAAUAUUCAUUUUGGACGAAUCAAUGUUUACUAUGAUCGAAAGAAAGCCAAAGCUUUCCUACAGGAAUUGGAUAAAAUAAUCGGUCCAUAUUGGAAUUAUCCACAUCAAUCGAUAAAUCAAAUUGAAACAUAUCAAACAAUGCGUUCAGAUCAGCUAUUGUUGCAGAUAUUAUGGCAGGUAAAACAACAAUGCUAUGAAAAUCGUAAUCAAUUUAAACGAUUGGCUAAAUUGAUGAAAAAAACCAGACAACAUCAGCAUCAACAACAACAACUAGGUGAUUUGAAAAAAAAUGAAACAACAACAACAAUGAUGAUGAAAGUACAGAUAAAAAUAACUAAUAAUGAUGAUGAAACAAAUACUAAAACAAACACGAGUAUAAUUAGUAAAAGUAAUGUUGAUGAAUAA